AUGUUUUUGCUUUAUGAAUAUGAUAUUUUUUGGACAUUUCUAAUAAUAUCGAUCUUGAUUCCUAUUUUAGCAUUUCUAAUUUCUGGAAUUUUAGCUCCGAUUAGAAAAGGACCAGAAAAACUUUCUAGUUAUGAAUCCGGAAUAGAACCGAUGGGCGAUGCUUGGUUACAAUUUCAAAUCCGUUAUUAUAUGUUUGCUCUAGUUUUUGUUGUUUUUGAUGUUGAAACGGUCUUUCUUUACCCAUGGGCAAUGAGUUUUGAUGUAUUGGGGGUAUCCGUAUUUAUAGAAGCUUUAAUCUUUGUGCUUAUCCUAAUUGUUGGUUCAGUUUAUGCAUGGCGAAAGGGAGCAUUAGAAUGGUCUUAA